AGAAGAAGAAGAAGUAAAAGGAAAAGAGGCUGCGAUGAAAACAAACUGAAGCCCCAAAAAAAAAAAAAAAAAUCUACUCUCAAAUCGCAGCUAGCGACACCAAAUUCUGCCUUACUGCAACACAUUCGGCCGAAACAUAGACAUCAAUUCCAUUUACUCAAACUAACGUGACUCUUUGUAAACCUUCAGAGUUAUAGAGGAACAUUUCCCCCACACACACACACACACACACAAAGCUAACUAACUUAGCUGCUUCUGACGUAGCUGGAGGUGAUUUUAUUCUUUUUGGAGAACUUCAGCUGGAACCGUGAAAAGGUAAAAAAAAAACAAGAAACAUGUCGGAAGAUUAUGAAUUCAGCGAAGACACAGCCAUGAUGAGAAUGGAAGAAGACGGAGAAGCAAACAGUGAUGACCCGAUGUCUGCGGCCGGGGACUGUGGCCUGAUGGGGGGCGAGGCCGAGGGAUCAAGGAUCGACGCCAGUAAAAACGAGGAGGACGAGGGGAAGAUGUUCGUAGGAGGACUCAGCUGGGACACCACCAAGAAGGACCUGAAAGACUACUUUUCCAAGUAUGGAGAGGUCGUAGACUGCACGUUAAAGCUGGACCCCAUGACCGGUCGUUCAAGGGGCUUUGGCUUUGUGCUCUUCAAAGAUCCUGAGAGUGUUGAGAAGGUCGCCUUGCAGAAGGAGCACAAACUGAAUGGAAAGGUCAUUGACCCCAAAAAAGCCAAGGCCAUGAAGAGUAAGGAGCCGGUGAAGAAGAUCUUUGUCGGCGGUCUCUCUCCAGACACUCCUGAGGAGAAAGUCAGAGAGUACUUUGGUGCCUUCGGAGAGCUGGAGUCAAUCGAACUCCCCAUGGAGAACAAGACAAACAAGCGGAGAGGCUUCUGCUUCAUCACCUUCAAAGAGGAGGAGCCAGUUAAGCUGAUCAUGGAGAAGAAGUACCACAAUAUCGGACUCAGCAAGUGUGAAAUAAAAGUGGCCAUGUCCAAGGAGCAGUACCAGCAGCAGCAGUACUGGGGAGGCCGAGGCGGAUACUCAUCCAGGUCUCGAGGAAGAGGUGGCGGUCCCAAUCAGAAUUGGAACCAGGGUUACGGCAACUACUGGAAUCAAGGCUAUGGCAAUUAUGACAAUUAUGGUUACAGUAAUCAAGGCUAUGGAGGAUAUGGUGGCUAUGACUACCCUGGUUACAACAACUAUUAUGGAUAUGGUGACUACAACAAUCAAUCUGGUGGAUAUGGCAAGUCGCCACGGCGUGGUGGUCACACCAACAGUUACAAGCCGUAUUAAAGAGUGAAAACCUCUUCUUCAAGUAGGUAUGUAAAGACAGAAAUACUCCACUUACCGUAAACUUAAAAAGUAGAUCUAUUGACUUUGGUGUUUUUUGGUAACAUUAUGUGUAAUUUGUUCUUGUAAAUUUCCUUACAGUAGUGGUAACAUAGAGGCUACACUCUUUGUGGUGAUUUAUUUUAACAGCCGGCCUUCUGCUGCCUCUUUUGCACCUUCGUUUUUUUUUUUUCUUCUUUUUUUUAAACUGUAAAGUUAACAGGUAAAGUACUGCUACUACAGUUGCCAAAGUUAAGGAUGUGCAAGGAAACAGAAAAGGAAGUAUGUUGUCUCCUAACUCUGACAUACCUUGUUUGUACCUGCCAGCGGAGCUUCCUUGCAGGCCAUGAGCUGACUCCCAGAUACUCUCAGGGCCCGCUCAAUGCGGACCGGGUACGAGAAGCAUACGCUCUCGAAUGCUGCCAUUUGGUAUGGUCUUACAACAUCCUGUAUCAGCAUUUCUAAUCUAAAAAAAAAUCAAUAUGGGACACGUCCAGCUUUGUCAUCUUUCUUUCCAUUUUUAAGUUGUUUGAAACUGUUGUUAAUGUAAAACGUAAAAUAUACACAUGUAAUUGUCAUUUUUUACAGGCCCUUACUCCCCCCCACAAGUAAUCUGUAAAUAAAAUGAAUACAAUUAACUAUUUGCUUUUCAAAGGAUACGUACAGCUUUCUCUGGACUUUCCAGUUGUUAAUAUACACAUGCAUUCCUAAUCUUAAUCUUAAACGCUUGUUUCUUUAUUUAGCUCUUGUAGCCAGUAGUCCAUGAGCUAAAACCUGGAUGCUACCGUGUUGGGGGAUAAAGUGCUUUUACUUUGUGUACAUGUAUUUGCUCUGUUCUGUGUUACUGACAGCGAUGGAAGAGACUCCUCAUUUGUUAAUUUUCUUGUAACAAUUUUUCCUCUUAUAACCUUUUUUUGAUGUAAAACAAAGAAGAAUCAGAGUGUCGCUACAUCUCCCGUAAUUUGCAUGUAAUGCUUUUCUUUAAAUGUGUAUUUUAAUUUUUGACCAAUUGAAGGUUUCUUCCAUUUAGUAAUUUUGACGUCUUCAAUUUAUUGCACUUCAGGAUUUCUAGCUUAUGGACUAACUAAUAAUUUUUUUUUUAACUGUAAAAUAAUUCUCCUCAGUUUGCUUUUUGCUUUUACAUUGGACAUAAUAAACACGGGGGAUUCCUAUACUUUUUUAUUUUAUUUUAGAGUGAAACCUUGGGAGUCGUUCGUCUAUAACUCGUGUGUUUCUGUUUGUUUUCCACAGGUGUCAGAGUGAUAAAAGACAGCGUUGGCCACACACAGAUGAUGGUAUCCAGCAAAGAUCUCUAAGCAGAUCGUAAGAAAAUAAACGAGGAGCACUUUGACCUACGAAACAUUUGUCCUCUAAACUUACCGAAGUAUUCGUUGUGUCUCUAAAUCGUUUUGGAUUCUUUGGGGUGUUCUGCAUUUAUUUAGACUCCUGCAGUUUGCGUUCUUCAUCCUUCAUGUUUUUGUAUUUAUUGUUCUUAUAUGCUUCUUGUGAAUUGCUUCAUUUAUUCCAUAAACGGAAAUCAUAGACUAAUUGGGGGGAGGGGAGGGGAGGUCACACACAUAUAUAUAUAUAUAUAUACAAAAAUGUGGUAGCAAAAAAAACAAAAAAAAACAAACGCUUUGUCGCUAUUUAUCCUCCCCAUCAUAGCCAUCAGUCAUAUGAUACACAUGUUAUUACAGAGUUUGACAACAUUCAGUAUAUAUAUAUAUAUAUAUAUAUAUAUAUACACAUACAUAUAUAUAUACACACA